UCCUGCCUCACAUGCCAGCCUUCCUAUUUUAGUCCCUCGGUCCUCCUGACUUGCAAUAUAUUUCCUUCCUUAUGUGAUGUUCCUAAUUAAUCUGUUUUAAAGCAGGUUAAAAUAAAAAUGGAGCAUCUGCUCAUCCUCCUCAGCCUCCAACCAUUGCCACACCACACCACUACAGCUCCAAAUACCCUCAUCGUCCUCCGGUUUUUAUCCCACUUGUUGCAGUUUAAGAAGAGGAUCCCUUGUUCUUUUUCUAUUUGCAGAGGAUAUAGAAGGAGAGGAGUGGGGUUCACUAGCUGAGUCCUUUUUUCGGUGUAAUCUUGGCUUUCCGGGGGUCACACAAGAAGAAGAAGAAGUGCGUUAAUUGAAUGCGUAUGUGCUGGGUGUGAAUUGUGAUUCUGCUCUGUCGGGUCUGGGUUAUUGGUUUCUGGAUUGGGCUUCUACUGAUUCUGAAAGAGGGUUUUUUUUUUUUGUUUUUUGUCGUCUUUUCCUGCCUGCUUUCCUGCCUGCUAGUUUUGGAUGAGUGAAUUGAGUGCUGGUUGUGUUCAUUAGUUUGAAUUGAUCUUGUAUACUCCUGAGGCAUGGCGGGGGUCGAUGUUUCUAAGUAUGCUCACAGCCCUGUGCACAAGGCCAUUGCCACGAGAGAUUAUGCCGGUCUCAGGAGGAUACUUGCUGGUCUCCCGCGUCUUUGUAACCCAGCUGAGAUUCACACUGAAGCAGUUUCUAAGGUUGAAGAAGAAAAGGCUGAUGCCAUCUCUGCUGUGAUUGAUCGCCGAGAUGUCCCAAACCGAGACACCCCUCUUCACCUAGCUGUCAAACUUGGGGAUGAGACUGCAACGGAAAUGCUCAUGGUUGCUGGGGCAGAUUGGAGUUUGCAAAAUGAACAUGGGUGGAGUGCUCUCCAGGAAGCAAUUUGCAACAGGGAAGAAGGGAUUGCCAUGAUUAUAGUUAGGCACUACCAGCCAUUGGCAUGGGCAAAAUGGUGUAGAAGGUUGCCUCGCUUGGUGGGGACCAUGAGAAGGAUGAAGGACUUCUACAUGGAAAUUACGUUCCACUUUGACAGCUCUGUGAUUCCUUUCAUUUCAAGGAUCGCCCCUUCAGAUACUUACAAAAUAUGGAAGAGGGGUUCGAAUUUGAGGGCGGAUAUGACGUUGGCUGGCUUUGAUGGUUUCAAGAUACAGCGUUCUGAUCAGAGCAUUCUUUUUCUUGGUGAUGGGUCUGAUGAUGGGAAGGUCCCGCCAGGGUCACUAUGUAUGAUCUCACACAAGGAUAAGGAAGUGAUGAAUGCUUUGGAUGGUGCUGGUUCUCAAGCUACCGAAGCGGAGGUGCAGCAAGAAGUUGCUUCUAUGUCUCAAACUAAUAUAUUCAGGCCUGGGAUUGAUGUGACACAGGCAGUUCUUUUGCCACAGUUGACAUGGAGACGACAGGAGAAAACAGAAAUGGUGGGUCCGUGGAAGGCUAAGGUAUAUGAUAUGCACAAUGUGGUUGUGAGCAUCAAAUCGAGGAGGGUGCCAGGGGCAAUGACAGAUGAUGAUUUCUUUACAUCUUGCCCUGAAAAUGAAGCAGAGAGUGAAGAGCUUGAUGACAUUUUGACUGAGGAUGAGAGAAGGCAACUUGAAGUUGCACUAAAAUUAGAUUCUUCUGAAUUGUCCAGUGAAAAUGCUGAAGGGAUUAUUGGGCAUCGCCAUAGUUGUUAUGAGCAUAGGGAGAUUCCCAUUGAAGAAUUGAAUGGUUUUAGAAAUGGAGAGACAAAGCCGGAAAAGAAAGGUUGGUUUGGUGGUUGGAGGAAAAAGGAAACUAAACAUGAAGUACAGAGGAAGAUUGCUCCGCCAAGAAGUUCUCUGUGUGUAGAUGAGAAAGUAAGUGAUCUCCUUGGGGAUUCUCCAUCCAGAAACCAGACUAAACCAGGAAGACAUUCUGUGGAGAUUGUUGUGAGGGGUGAUGAACUACAGAGGGGAAAGGAUACUAAGACAUCUUCUUCAAUGAGUUCUGAGAGUGGAAAUCGGCGCAAGGAUGGGAGCCGUGAGAAUGAGUACAGGAAAGGAUUGAGGCCAAUUCUCUGGCUUUCUCCAAAUUUCCCACUUCAAACUGAAGAACUGCUGCCAUUGCUUGACAUUCUUGCUAACAAGGUUAAGGCCAUUCGUCGAUUAAGAGAGCUGCUUACAACAAAACUUCCAAUGGGAACAUUUCCAGUCAAGGUUGCCAUACCCGUGGUUCCCACUAUCAGAGUGUUGGUUACCUUCACAAAGUAUGAGGAAUUGCAGCCUUUGGAUGAAUUCUCUACACCACCUUCGAGCCCGCCUGCAGCUGGCCGGGAGAGCCCUGCUGUGGCAAAAUCUUCGGGUACAUCUUGGUUUCAAUGGAUAAAAGCACCUUACCACCGCCCGAGCUCCACUACUGUUGGCUCCAGCAGUAGGAUAGACAACAUUCAAGAUCCUUUUGCAAUUCCUGCAGAUUAUGCUUGGGUUACAACAGAAGCAAAGAAAAAGAAGAUGCAGGAGAAGAACAAAUCAAAGAAAGGAAAAAGCCAAAACCAAUGAAGUCUGGGAAAAAAAUUGGAAGAUCGACAGCAAAAAGAGGAUCUGGCUUACCCCAGGGAUAUUAUUAAAUGGGGAAUACUGUUUCAUUAAUUCAGAGAUUCAUGACACUGUAAGAAAGAAAAGGAAAAAAAAACAAAGAAGAAGAGCCAUGCUUUUACAAGGGAGCAAGCCCUCCUGCAGUCUGGUGAAUUGUGAUAGAUCAUUGUGGGGAUGUUGUGGUUCUUGCAGAUGCUUGUAACCGAUGUGUGGAACUAUUGCUUGGCUUGCAAUGGAUGCUAACUCCCAUGCACGUUAGUUGCUUUAGUUUUCUUUAAUGUUUCUAACAGGGGUCUGAUGGAUGCUAA